AUGGACGUUACUUAUAAUCCUUUCACCUAAUCCAUGCAAAGGACCGAUUCAUUGCCCUCACAAUAUUCAACCUUAAAUAAAAAUGUAUAAGAAGUGAGAGACGAUUCAAUUUAAAAAGAUGACCAAGAAAUAGAUUUGAAAUAGAUGAUUGAACAAGAGCCGGACUACCCUGAAGAUAAGGAGACUCUCAGGCUGAUCAAGCUGAAAGCCGAGGCGUGGAAUCAGUAGCAAAAAUUAAGCACACCCAGGACUUAAUCUGCAUCCUAAUAAAAUAUUAAUGAUGAUAUGACUUAAUGUGUAAAUCAACUAGAUUAAUAGAAGGGAGGACAGCCAGAGUUGGAUUAAUUGAUAACUGCAUUCACCUCACCAAUUCCCAGUCACAUUCUGACAGAUUAUGACAACAGAGCGAGAAAAAGAAAAAGGAAUAAUGGGGAGGAACAUGAGUCAGCUCUCGAGCACUACCAGCUAAAGGGACCAGUUUUCAGGGAGUUCACAAUACACAUUUUCCAGUCAAUCAGCUUUCUCCAGGAUGAGUUGAAAAAUAUAGAUCCCAAAGAUAUUGAAUCAAGGAUGAUCGAGUUACCUCACACAAAACCGGGAAUAAAGAAAACUAUAAUUUUCGAUCUUGAUGAGACUUUAGCCCAUUAUGUAAGAUAGGCUAAGCCAAAGCCAGAUGAAAUGAAUCCAGAUGAACUACAGAGACCUUGGCGUGAGCCUGAUGUUUAUCUGGACAUCAAGAGUUUGUCUGGCCACAUUACCAGAAUUGGUGUUAAUAUUAGACCCUACACCAAAGAAUGUUUGCAAAAGGUAAACGAAGACUUCGAGGUAAUGGUAUUUACCGCUAGUGCAAAAUCUUACGCAGAUGUAAUCUUAGACUAUAUCGACCCAGAGAAAAAGUUGAUAUAGCAUAGACUCUACAGAGACCAUUGUAUUAAGACAUCGAGUGAUGUCUACAUCAAAGAUCUUAGAGUCUUCAAGGGAAGAGAUUUGAAGGAUCUUAUAAUAGUAGAUAAUGCAGUAUAUUCAUUUGGAGCCUAGCUAUCGAACGGCAUUCCUAUUACUCCUUUUAAAGAUGACAAGGAUGAUAGGGAGUUCAUUUUCCUAAUGAACUAUCUCCAGCGCCUCAAGUUAUACGACGACAUGCGUGUGCCAAACAGGGAAGCAUUCAAAAUGGAGUAGAUAUAUAAUUUUAACCUAGGGGGCUACAUUCAUCUAUAUGACUAUGAGCUUUGUAUGUAGCUUUCAGAUGAGGAAGAGUACUCAGAUCAUGAGGAAUAGAAGCCUUGCUUCUCUGAGUAAAUUUAGAUGAGUGAAGAGUAAUCAGAAAAUCCAUUUGGCACCAGCAGCAGUGCUUCGUAUCCAUAGGAAAAAUCCAACAGCAUCGGAGCUCUGUCAAGGAGCACGAAAUUACCAAAGGAUGUUAAGAAUUGCCUCGAUGGUCUUGAGAAAAUGAUGAAAACAAAGAGUUUCCAUUAGAAAAUCACACAAUAAAGACUUGUACCAUAAAAGAAGAUUGAAACUAAUAAAAGCACUUGCUGA